AUGACAUACUCACCUCAACCAAGAUUCCAAGGCCCUCCGAGGAAGUUCGACCCUUUGCCCACUUCUAAAAGCGAGAUACUGAAGCAUCUAUUAAACGAGCAGUUAGUGGAACUCAGGCCUAUGCCACCUCCGAUUCCCGGAAAGACUAUGCCCAAUUUCAAAGCUAAUGAGAGGUGUGAAUUCCACGCCAAUUCUCCGGGGCAUACAUUGGAUAAAUGUUGGGCCUUUAGGCACAAGGUUCAGGACCUGAUAGAGUCAGGAGCAAUUGCUUUUGACAAACCUAAUGUGAAGACAAACCCUAUGCCCCGUCAUGAUGGCACAGUCAAUGCAAUAGAGGUAGUCACCGAGCAAGAGUUUGUUCAACAGCGGAGCUCCCCCAUAGAUGCCCUUAAGAGGUAUCUACUUGCAAAGGGGUUCGUCCUCGAACAUAACGAAGCCUUUAAGACAACCUUGCAAAGACUCGUGAAUCAAGGGGUAGUUCAGUUUAAAGAAUAUCCUGAGGAAGAGUAUGUGGCCAUGCUGGACAGGAAUGAACCGUUAAUGAUACCAAGACAAGGGGUAAGGAAGACGUUGAUCAUCCCUUGCGCCAAAGCCACACUGCUGAUACCCGCACAAGUACACACUAGGAUUAUCCCAGUCAGGGAUCCAUAUCCUGUGGACAAGAUGAAAGCAGUUCCAUGGGAAUAUGAGUCUAAUGCUAGUACCGAUGUGACAAACAUCGUCGGGCCUGGGGGUAUGACUCGUAGCGGUCGCAUAUUCAAUACUGCUAAAUCAAAAGAGAAUUCAGCACAAGCAAAUGAUCAAGCUACUGUGGUCCCUACUGAAAGAAGCACACCCAUAGACAAGGAGAUCACUAACAAAGAUGCCGAAGAAUUCUUGACAUUAAUCAAGAAAAGUGAUUAUAAGGUAGUGGAUCAGUUGCACCAAACUCCAUCCAGGAUAUCACUCCUCUCGCUGUUAAUCCAUUCAGAAAAACAUCGAGACACCCUGAUGAAGAUCUUGAGUGCUGCCCAUGUAACCAAAGACAUCACUGUAAAUCAAUUUGAUGGAAUGGUGGCUAAUCUUACUGCUGGGGCAUGCUUAAGCUUCAGUGACCACGAGUUGCCCUCACAAGGGAAAGAGCAUAACAAAGCCCUGCAUAUCUCCAUACAAUGUGGGAAAGCUCAUCUGUCUAGAGUGCUGAUCGACACAGGAUCGUCAUUAAAUGUGAUGCCAAAGGCCACCUUAGACAAGAUAGAUUUGGAAGGACUGGUAAUAAGACCAAGCCGUCUAGUGGUCAAAGCCUUUGAUGGGUCGCAAAGCCCGGUGUUUGGAGAGGUGGACCUCCCUGUGGUAAUAGGCCCUCACACUUUCUGCAUCAAUUUCCAAGUGAUGGAGAUUGAGCCUGCCUAUACGUGUUUAUUGGGACGCCCUUGGAUCCAUGCUGCUGGGGCAGUUACCUCUACUCUGCAUCAAAAGGUGAAAUUUGUGGAUGGAAACUCUAUAGUAACCGUCAGUGGGGAGGAGGACAUAUUUGUCAGCAAUCUAGACUCAUACCGAUACAUUGAGGCUGGGAAAAAGGCAUUAGAGACUUCGUUCCAAGCACUAGAGAUUGCCACUGCUGUCACACUACCAAUUGAGAAAACACGAAGGGCGGUGACAUCCUGGAGAGACCUGCAAGACACAAAGAUAGAAGGCUGGGGAAAAAUUCCAGAAGUACAAAAGAAGAAAGAUCGUCUGGGGUUAGGAUACCAACCAACAAAGAAGGCUGCAAAGGAAGAGCAACGAUUCCCUCCGAUCGCACAAACUUUUGUGACAGGUGGAUAUGAGCAUGUCAGGAUUUUGGUUAGGUCUAGUCAGUUGCUUGGAGCAGAAGCAAACAUUGUUCAAGGUUGA